AUGCGAAAUCAGCGCUCGAGGCACUACGAUGACCCCAGUUACCACAAUGCAGGGUACCAUCCCAUCAAUGUCCUUGAUGAUUUCCCCGAUCCGGGUAUGGUCCACUUCAACGGGACUUGGUUCGCGUAUGGCACAGACACAGGGACAGGCAUUGCGAAUGCGCAUGUUCCCGUCGCUACGUCGGAUGAUUUCAUCGUCUGGCGCAGAAAACCGGGACAUGACGCGCUGCCAACCCUCGGCGGCUGGGAGAAGGCAAUCAACCACUGGGGCCCCGACGUGAUCCAACGCGACGAUGGAAAAUUCGUCCUCUAUUAUUCGGGCGAGCACGAGGCCCAGAACCAUCACCAUUGUAUCGGGGUUGCCGUUUCUUCAUCCACCGACCCAGUCGGCCCUUUCUACCCGGAAUCGACGCCCCUCGCCUGUCCCCAGGAUCCCGGCAGCGCCAGCGACCCGUCCCCCUUCCGCGACGCCGACGGCUCACUGUACAUCGUAUACAAAGAGAACGGUCACGGGGGCGGCUGUGGCACGGGGAAGAAGCGGGACUCGCGUGUCCGGAUACUCCUCCAAGAGCUAGGCCCCGACGGCAUAACCCCCAGGGGUGCCGCCGUUGAAAUCCUGCACAACGAGAAAGACGACGGGCCGGUCGUCGAGGCCCCGAGUAUCGUCCGCGCGUCCUACGGGCGGUACUUCCUGUUCUUCUCGUCGCACUGCUACUCGUCACCCUACUAUGACAUGAAGUAUGCGUCCGCUGAGACGCUUCGCGGCCCGUAUACCCGUGCCCGGCGCGCGCUGCUCAAGACGGGCGAUUUUGGGCUCAAGGCUCCCGGUGGUGCUACGGUCUCUGCGAAUGGGUCCAGGAUGGUGUUCCAUGCUGAUUGUGGGAGGCAGUCGUCGUGGAAGAGGUGCAGGUAUGUUGCGGGGGUGGAUAUGGGCAAUGAUUCGGGGGAUAAGUCGACUGUGCGCCUUGGGUCGUUGUCGGCGCUCUCUAGUUAA